AUGUCAAUUAGAGAAAUGUCAAAGCGAACGCAAGAACCAGUGGAUCAAUGGUUGGCAAAGGAGGGUUAUUUCAGGAAACCUACUCCCAGAGACCCAACCUGUUUGUUUAGAGCAAUUAGUGAACAAGUAUAUCACACGCAACAUUAUCAUCUACGAGUAAGAAGAGAAUGUAUAGAAUUUAUGAAGAAGAAGAGACACUUGUUCAUUGAUUCUGUAUCAACGCCAUUUGAUUAUUAUCUGAAUGAAAUGCAAUGUUUUACGGAGUGGGGAGGCUCAAGUGAAAUUCAUGCCAUGUCUUUGUUAUAUAAAAGAGACAUAAUCAUAUUCGUUGGAGAGAAGCAGAUAUGCGAAAACGUUACCAAUAACGGCUUUAAAAAAGGCGUUAUAUUGCUUUGUCACACAGAACCGAAACAAUAUGAACCUGUUUACCCGAUGGCUUUUGUACAAUCAGCUGCAUAUUGCCAAUCUAUUGUUUAUGAAGUUGUAUAUAGGUAUAUGUAUCAAAUACCUAACAUAAAAACUGUUGCGGAUAGAAUGCUACAUAAUCGAGCUCCUGCCCUUAGACAUGACAGAUUUUUCCAGAAAGGAAAUCUUGAUAUUAGGGAGCAAUUGAUUGAAGAUUUAUAUAAAAAAGUAAAAAGUGAACAUAGUGACACAAACGAAGCGCAUUCUGACUGGAAAGGAGCACCUAUUCCUUAUAAAGUCGCAAAAGCGCUGGCUCCUGAUUAUUAUCGUAAUAUAGAAUUAGAUAUAUGGCACGAAUUGAAACGAGAGGUAAAAUCUGCUGGCUGGAACAGAUAUAACAGUAAUGAGCUUCAAGUCGGCGGCAAAUGUCUGAUAGAAAUUAGCAUAAAUGAUCUACAACAGUGUGACAGAAAUAACAACAAGAAUGUACGAGUUAAUUUACCAGAAUGUAGUACUAGCGAGACUAACAAUAAAAUUGAGCAACAAAAAUUGAAGCAAGGGCCUCUUUGGCUUCACGGUUAUAUACAGGAAAUGAAUACAGAGAAAGAGCCAGUUUUGGUUUUUAUUAAAGAUUUAGGAGAAAAAAAAUUUGUUCCAUACGAUGCUUUGAAACCAUUACCUUUAGUAAGAAAAAAUAGGCCAAAAAAUUGGGUACCAAUUAAUAGAAACCAUUCAGUUACUAUAGAUUCAAAUCGACGAUGGAAAAAACCAUAUAAUUCUUUCUCGCGAAAGAGAAAAGAUACCAUAAUCAUAACAAAUGAAAAGCCAAAUAAUACAAAUAAAAAUGUAUUAAUAAAUAAUAGUAAUGUUGAUAAUAACGUUGAGGCUAAUACCAAUAUUGCUAAAAGUGGCUUUGAUGAACAUCACGGCGAAUUUCGUAAAAUAAAUCAAAGCCAAACAUUAAAAAAUCAUUCUGUAGAAGAUAAUUCUAUUUAUACGACAAAUGAAGAGGCUAACAGUUUACCUAUGAUAACUACAUUCGACAAUUCACAGUCUACAGAGUCAAACAGUGUAAUACAAGAAAUAACGGAUGAACAUAAAAAACCUCAUGCAGUAUUUAAAAGGAUGAAUAAUACUGCAAGGAAGAUUGAAAAAUCCAUUAAUCUUCAAAAAUCAAGUUCGAAACCAAAAGUAUUAAAUGAGAAUUAUUCUUCAUCUUACAAUGAUAACUCGCAAACAAAUAUAUAUGGCAACCCAAACGUGUCUUACGUUCCUCCAGAUAACGGCAAUGCAUAUCCUUAUUAUCCAUACAUACCAGGAAAUUUUUCGAUAACUGGGGAACACAAUCCUGGUCAAAUAGAUCAUUCAUUGACAUCGAAUGUCUUUUACAAUUUACAUCUGCUGCAUUUGGAGGACACUUUCCGUACUUUAAAUCCAACUUAUUAUGGACCGAUAAUAUAUGGACCGAAUCAUCAAAGCAUGCAAUCUUUGGGCACACCAUCAAAUGCUAUAAACAAUGGUCCGUACAUGCAUAUGCGGGAGGAAGUAGAUCGCCUUGUUAACGAUAUGCAAAAUAGUUCGUUAAAUGAGGGAUCAAAUGCCAGUGCUGAAAUUCCCAAUGCUUCGCAUGUGAACACGAAUAGUGUACAAAGCACAAAUCAGUCGAAGCAAGGAUCAAGAAAUUUGAGCGAGAAAGACUUCUCACAUCCCAUUCAACAGAAAGGAAAGCAAACUGGAACUGUUAAAGGUAAUAACAGCAAUAAGAUACGAAAUCGCCAGCAAAAUGCUCGCGGAUCAUCGCAUAUGCAAUAUUCAGGUCAAUAUGGCGCGACAAUGCCGAGUGGUUCUGUGAAUCCAUACAAUGCGCGAAGAUACGAUGUGCAUAUGCUGCAACCGCAGCAGCAUCAUUGGGAUCCGAUGUCGCAUCAGAUAGCACCUAGUGUGAUAGCCGGUCCGACAAACGGUUAUGCAAUACCGCAGUAUACAACAUCGAACCAAAUAAUUCCUUAUCACGAACUUCCACCACAUUACACGAACGAAAGCAACUCAGGGAAUCCUUCGUACUAUCUGGGAAAUGGUAGCUACAUACCCGUACCGUACUUACCACCUCAGCACGAUGCAACUGAGAACGGAGGAACUGUACCUCCGUCGUACCCGCAGCAUUUUUAUUCAACGACCGAGGCUUACCCGCCAGAUCAUUCAUCAAUAAACGGCCAACCAAUGAUGUACUCGCAGCCGGUGAUGUAUCCACAAUCGGUGCAAUAUCAUGCUGUACCAUCACCAUCACAACAUAUACAAGAACAGUGGAACCCAACCUUGGGACCACAACCUUCUUAUGUUACCCAAUGCAUUGCUCCAAAUCCAAGUCUAGCUCCGAUCAUAGAACCAUCUCCUAACGGGCAAUGUACCGUUCCAAAAGGUUCACUUUAG